AUGAUCAAAAUCCUCCUAACUCUAUUCUUUGUUGGGUGUUUGGGAAAUAGUGGAUAAAGCGUUGGAUAAUUCUAUACAUCAAAUUACUGCACUUGUGAAUAAUUGUAAUACUAGAGUGAUUGUACAUCUAUGGGACCUUAGUGUACAUGGAGUGACAAUUCAUGUUCCACUCUAGACUGUACGAAGGUAACUGAUGCUAAAGCAUGUGCUGCAAACUUGAAAUGUAUGUGGACUCAAAACUCUUCUGGUGAAAGUUCUUGCAAGUUUUUCACCUUCUGUAGUUAAUUUUCAGGAUCCAGUUAAUUACAAUGCUUGAAUAUUUCUAAUAAUUGCCCUUUCACUGAUGGUACUAAGUGUGGUUCCUCAAAUUAAUUAUAUCCUUGUUCACACUUUACUGCCCAAUAAUAUUGCUAGGGAUAUAUCUCAUAAGAUGGAGUAUGCAUGUGGACAGAUGGCACUGGAUGCAGAGCAGCACAAGAUUGCACUUUAUUAAAUUAAUAAUAAUGCAUUACAGCCCCUAAGGGAUGUAAAUAUACUGAAAAUAAAUGUUCCCAAUUACUUUGUACUGAUUUAACAAGCUAAGAAAGUUGCACCUAUGUUAUGGAUGUCAUCUAUAAAGGUUAUUAUCAAUUAUGUAGUUGGAAUUCUACUACAGGAAAAUGUGCAAAUGCUUAAAAUUACGGAGGAUUAGGAUAAGGAAAUUGUUACUAAUAGACCAUGGGUACUGCUAGAUGGGUUUCUACUUCUGCUGGAGGAGAAUGUCUAUCCUGUUAUGCUCAAACGUUAUUUGCUUUAAUUGUAGCAUUAUUCAUUAUUAUGAUCUGA